CUUCCGAGCUCUGACUUCCGCUCGUUCGUGCAUUUCCUGGUGGCUCGAGCUCUGCGCGAGCUGUCCGGUUAGAAGGCUACUUUUCCGAGAUGAAUACAGUAUUAUCGCGGGCGAACUCACUGUUCGCCUUUUCGCUCAGCGUCAUGGCGGCGCUAACCUUCGGCUGCUUCAUCACUACGGCCUUUAAGGACCGCAGCGUUCCGGUGGACAUCCACGUCUCCAAAGUGAUGCUGAAAAACGUGGAUGACUUCACUGGCCCAAGGGAAAGAAGUGACUUGGGCUUCCUUACGUUUGACGUUACAGCUGAUCUGCAGCCGAUUUUUGACUGGAACGUGAAGCAGCUGUUUCUCUACCUGUCGGCUGAGUACACCACUAAGAGCAAUGCAUUGAACCAGGUGGUGCUCUGGGAUAAGAUCGUGCUGAGAGGAGAACAGACCAAGCUCUAUUUGAAAGACAUGAAGUCCAAAUACUUCUUUUUCGACGAUGGCAACGGUCUUCGGGCCAACAAAAACAUCACCCUGACAUUGUCGUGGAACGUGGUGCCGAACGCCGGCAUCCUGCCCCUUGUCACAGGCUCCGGACACAAGUCGCUGACUUUUCCCGAUACUUACGAAACCACAAAGAGCUACUGAUAUAUUUUUUUCCCCCAUUUGGACAGUCGGUUGUUUGUGAUGUUCACUUUUAUGACUUUUAAUAAAAGCUACACCUGGUAGCAGA